AUGAAAUUCACAUUAGGGUCGUUUAUCAUUUUGGUCAUUAUUGGCCUGGGACAAACUCACCAGUUCCCAAAUUUCGGUAAAGGUCCUCUUCAUGAAGAUUUAUAAGACAUUCUAGAUUUACUCCCUUUAGAAAAAAUUGCCGAUGAGAUUGUGUACUAUGUGAUACAUGAUAAUGAAGUACAAGAGGUACUUAAUGACCUUCAACAAAGUACAAUUUUAAUUAAACACCUGCUGAUAGACAUCCACGCCAUUCCUGAAGUGCUCAAGCUAUUUUAUUAUCUGCAAAAUGAAGGCAUCGAUAUUUACUAUGUAAUAGACAUGAUUAAUAAAGUACAUGAUAUUAAGGAACUCGUACCAUCUAGCUCUCAAGCGUACUCUACAAUGAAAAAAACCAAUGGACUUCGCGGAUUGGUCAAUAACAUCAAGAAACAUAUUGAUUAUGAUGUCUUUAUUGGCAUAUAUGUGUAUAAACUAAAAACCUCUACAGCUUUUGUCAAUUUUAUCAACCAAUUUAAAUCCAACAAUUUCCAACAGAUUGUUAACAAAAUGUACAAAGUUGAGACCUUCCAAUUGAUUCUGAACUAUCUUGAAGUCAAAUCAGUGAGUUUAAAAAUUGUGGAAGAUAUCAUGUAUCUCGUUCUCGGUAUUAAAGUACCAUGUCUUCCCUCUAAAACGAUAAUAGCAGAGCUAGAAGAUUUCAUCCAUCUUCUUCCGAUAGAAAAGUUUUUCACCAUAAUAGUCCAAUAUGUAAAUGAAGACGAAAAAGUACAAAAAGCUGCAUUGUUCACAUUCACAACUGAGUUCCAUGAUUUGCUGCGCGCUCUCGAAGCUCUUAAGGAAUAUCAAGUAUUCGUAGUAUACUUAGAAAAAGCUGGACUCCCUGUUAUUGAAUCUAUUCAAGCAUUGCAUCAUGCUAUCGGCAUGGAAAAAUAUGUACCACCCAAAAUAAAGAACCUUUUCAUGUCUUUAAGUAAGAUACAGAAGAUCGGUGAUGGAAUGGAAAGAUUGCUCAACGAACUUUAUGAUGUAUUACCUUUGGACAAAAUUGACGCUCUUUAUAGAAAAAAGUUGAAGACUUCCAAAGUCUUUGUUGAUUUCAUUGCAAAAAUUACGUCCAAAGAAAUGAUGGAAAUCAUCAAGAAUUUAACCGCUCAUGAGACCUAUAAGUUGUUUAUCACGAGAACCAAAGAAGUGGGAUUGGAUGUGGAAGGAUCAACGAAUCUUAGUAAAAGAAUAAUUGGCCUUAAACCCCUAUACUAA